UCUCGUGGUUUCGUUCUCAUGACCAGGAUGACUCCAGUCUGAUGAUAGAAUAUAAAGUCCGAUCGGCCGAUAUUGAUCAGUAUUUUUCGGUGGGGUAAGUGACAAGAUGAAGUUUUUGGCAGUUCUGUGUGUGCUGGUGGUGACGUCCUGGGCUAAGCCCAGCGAUGACCUUGCAAGUCUCUUGACCUCUGACCUCGACCUGAUGGCAAAGUACAUCAACUCCGUCGGUACAACAUGGAAGGCCGGUGAGAACUUCCGUCAUGUUCGCAAGGAGGACCGUGUCGUGUACGCGAAGACGAUGUGUGGCACACUUCCGACCCCAGAUCACAUGAAACUCCCGGAAAAACAUAUGCACAUCCCGGAUGACCUUCCAACCAAUUUUGAUUCCCGAACUCAAUGGCCUAACUGUCCAACUCUUAAGGAAGUUAGGGACCAGGGGGCUUGUGGGUCAUGUUGGGCUUUUGGAGCUGUCGAGGCUAUGUCUGACAGAAUCUGUAUCAAAUCCGGAGGUAAAUCCAACUUCCAUAUCUCCGCUGAGGAUCUGACGUCAUGCUGCAAGAACUGUGGAAACGGUUGUGACGGUGGAUUCCUCGAGGCUGCCUGGUCUUACUACGAAAGGACUGGAUUGGUCACUGGUGGACAGUAUAACAGUAAACAGGGAUGUCAGCCAUACCUUGUUCCCUCUUGCGACCACCACGUGGUUGGAAAGGAAAAGCCAUGCGGCAAGUCUCAGCGAACCCCGAAAUGUUCCAGGGAGUGUGAAUCCGGAUACAACAACACUUUCGAAAAUGACAAGCAUAAGGGUAUGGCCCCAUACAGCUUGAGGUCGGUAGAAAAGAUAAUGACUGACAUCAUGACAAACGGUCCAGUCGAGGCAGCAUUCACAGUAUACUCGGACUUCCUCACCUACAAAUCUGGUGUGUACAAGCACACAACAGGCCAGGCCCUUGGAGGUCACGCCAUCAAACUGCUGGGAUGGGGAAAUGAGGACGGAUCAGACUACUGGCUCGUAGCCAACUCCUGGAACCCAGACUGGGGAGAUAACGGUUUUUUCAAGAUCCUCCGAGGACGUGACGAAUGUGGUAUCGAAUCACAAGUCGUCGCUGGUGAACCUAAACUCUAGAGGACGUUUUCACGUCAUAAACGACGUCAGAACUGAAACUCCUAAUGACGUUAUAAAUCAAAACAAAUCAUCGAUGUAUCACUUAUCUGUGUCUGUCUUUGUUGCUCAAUAAAUGCUGUUUAAGUUAAUA